UCCAUUGGACAAAGGAACCAUUUUUAAGAAUCAUCACACUAUUGAAACCAUUUUGAGAUAUUUGGUUACAAAGGAAGCACAAAUCUUGUUCCAUCUUCAACCAAGAAGAUGACAACAACAACAAAUGAUGAUCCAAACUUUACAGAUAUCAUGUUUUCUUGGUCUCUUCAAGACAUUUUCAACCAAGAUUUGUACAAAGAUCAGGUGAAAUGUAUUGAGCUAAGAUUCAAGUCUGCUAGUCAUUAUUUUGGGUCCUAUGUGUAUCCAUUACUGGAAGAAACUCGAACACAACUGUGCUCGAGUAUGGAAAUCUUACAAAGUUCACCUUUUGCGGAAGUAGUUUCACUUAAAGAGGCACCUGAUACUAAGAAUAGGAUGUUCUACAAUGUUAGAACUAACAGAUGGAGAAACAGGUCAUCAGGUCAUGGAAAUCAAAUGUACAAAACAUUGACUGGCGAUGUUUUUAUUUUAGCUGAUUUUAAGCCUGAAAUUGUUGACGAUUUACAAAGGACGGGAAAAAUGUGGACUUUGGUAGUGUCAGCUGGGGUUGUGGAGGAGGAGACCAAUGAUCAUAAUGUGGAACUUAUGUCUUCUUUCAAAAUUCUUCCAUCGAAAGAUAUUGAUCUCGUUGAAGUAGGGCAGAAGUCUAUGUUUAUGAUAUUUUUGACAAAUAUAACCCCCAAUAGAAGAAUAUGGGAAGCCUUGCAUAUGUCGCGAAAUUCAAAGCUAAUCGAGAAAAUUUUAUGUGCUGGUGAUGAGGUUGAGGAAAAUUGUGAUUACUGCCAUCUGCAGACUGAUGCUCUAAGUCUAAAGGAUGACACGGCAUAUCAAAGGUUAAUAUCUGAUUUGAAUGAGUCCCAGAAAAAUGCAAUUUCUGCUUGCCUUUCUUCCUCUCAAUGCAAUCAUCAGUCGACCGUGGAUCUUAUCUGGGGUCCCCCAGGAACUGGAAAAACCAAAACUUUGGGCACUUUGCUUUUUGCCCUACUGAAGACGAACUGUAGGACUCUUGUUUGUACCCCCACAAAUGUUGCCAUUAAGGAAGUUGCAUCUCGUGUCUUAAGCAUGGUGAGGCCAUCCUUUGAUGGAAAUUCUGAUGAUUUGUUCUGUCCAUUAGGAGACAUUCUAUUAUUUGGGAACCACGAUGAACUUAAAGUCGAGGAGGAAAUCAAAGACAUUUAUUUGGACUAUCGCGUCGAACAGCUUUCGAUGUGCUUUAGACCUCCUAUUGAUUGGAGAUAUUGUUUUGGUUCACUGACUGAUCUUCUUGAAAAUUGUGUUCCGCACUAUCAUACAUUCAUUGAAAAUGAGUUGAGAAAGAAACAAGAGGGAAUUGAUGAUAAGAAGACUAAUUGGACUAAAGAUGAUAAGGCUUCUGAUUGUAGUGAGAGCAUGUGCAAAUCUUUUCUUGAGUUUGUGAGGGAAAGGUUUCUUGAAAUAGCAUUACCACUCAGAAAAUGUAUAUCUGUCCUACGUACCCAUGUAUCCAAAAGUUAUAUCGGGGAAGAUAUCAUUGAAGGUUUAGUCUGCCUUGUUCACUCCAUUGAUUCCUUUCAAUCUUUGUUGCUGCAAACUAAUAUUGUUUCUGAAGUAUUGGAACAACUAUUUUGUCCUCCUGAAAGGCAACAACCUUUUUCUUUUGAGUCUUCUGAGGGUGCUGAAUACUUAUUGAACAAUAGAAGAAUUGAAUGCCUGUAUUCUUUAAUAACCCUGGAAGAUUCACUUGGUAAACUCGACUGGCCGGAUGUUACACAUGAAGAAACAAUCAGAGUAUUCUGUUUACAAACAUCCUCAUUAAUAUUUUCCACUGCUUCUAGUUCUUUCAAGUUGCACUCUGUUGCCAUGAAACCACUAAACGUUUUAGUGGUUGAUGAAGCUGCACAAUUGAAGGAAUGCGAAUCAAUCAUACCUCUACUACUAAAAGACAUAAACCAUGGAAUUCUUGUUGGAGAUGAACGCCAGCUACCAGCUAUGGUUGAAAGUAAUGUUUCUCUUGGAGUUGGUUAUGGAAGAAGCCUAUUUGAAAGGUUGGACUUAUUGAAUUAUCCAAAUCACUUUCUCAAUAUGCAAUACCGAAUGCAUCCGGCAAUAAGUUCCUUUCCAAAUUCACAGUUCUAUUUAAACCAAAUUCUUGAUGGUCCAAAUGUUAUGAGUAAGAACUAUAGAAAGAAUUAUCUCCCAGCGCCAAUGUUUGGUCCAUAUGCCUUUAUUAAUAUAGUUGGUGGCAGAGAAGGAUUUGAUGAUGCUGGGCGAAGCCGGAAAAAUAUGGUUGAGGUUGCUGUUGCUAUAAAAAUAAUUCGGAAGUGUUUCAAAGUGUGGCUUGACUCAAAAGAGAAGCUCAGUAUAGGUGUAGUUUCUCCAUAUGCCGCCCAAGUUGUUGCUAUUCAGGAUGCACUUGGACAAAAGUAUGAUAGGUAUGAUGGAUUUGAUAUAAAAGUGAAAACAAUUGAUGGCUUCCAGGGCGGAGAACAGGACAUUAUUAUUUUAUCAACUGUGAGAGCUAAUGCCAGUGCGUCACUUAAGUUCAUCUCCAAUCACCAGAGGACCAAUGUUUCUCUUACAAGGGCAAGGCACAACUUGUGGAUUUUGGGAAAUGAAAAGACCCUAGUAAGUCUGGAUAAUGUCUGGAAAGAUUUGGUCCUUGAUGCAAAAAAGCGUCAAUGUUUCUUUGAUGCUGAUGAAGACAAAGAUUUGGCAAAAAGCAUUUUGGAUACCAAGAAAGAGCUAAAUCAGCUUGAUGACUUGCUUAAUGCAGAUAGUGUCAUUUUCAAAAAUUCCAUGUGGAAGGUUCUUUUCAGUGACAACUUCUUUAAAUCAUUUAAAAGACUGCGAUCCGAGCAGAAAAAGAAGUCUAUCAUUGGACUCUUGUAUAAACUUUCUAGUGGAUGGAGACCAAAAAGGAUUGAAGUGGACUUACAUUGUGGAAGUUCAUCACAAAUGUUAAAACAAUUCAAAGUUGAAGGUCUCUUUAUUGUUUGUUCGAAGGAUAUCGUAAAAGAAUCAAGGUACACUCAAGUUUUGAAGAUAUGGGAUAUCUUGCCUCUAGAGGAUAUCCCAAAAGUAGUGAAGAAUCUUGAUAAUAUAUUUGCAAGCUACACUGAUGAUUUUAUUAAACGCUGCAGUGAGCAAUGUUUAGAGGGGAAAAUUGAGGCCCCGCUGACUUGGGAAAGAACAACAGAUAUUAUCAAGUUUAAGAACAUUGAUAAUCUUGGAAAUGAAGCUGAAGUGAGUAAUUUUGUGGUUAGUCACUUGCUUUCUCAUCAUAACAUCGAUGACUUAGAUCUGCCGUUUGAAGUAUCUGAUGAAGAGCGUGAGAUAAUUCACUUUUCUAGAAGUACAUUUAUAUUGGGGCGCUCUGGUACCGGCAAAACCACUAUUUUGACCAUGAAGUUAUUUCAAAAAGAGAACUUGCACCAUAUGGCUCUUGAAGCAACAUAUGGAAUUAAAAGUGGUGAAUUUCCUUGUUUGAAUGAUGAUAAAGAGCAUGAAGAAAGCUCUAAUGGGAAUGACAGACCUAUCUUACGCCAAUUAUUUGUGACAGUGAGUCCUAAAUUAUGUCAGGCGGUAAAAGAUCAUGUUGUUCGAUUGAAAAGAUCCAUAUGUGGUAGCAAUGUCUCUGCUGAAAGUAGUCCUAUUGAGGAAGAUGUUGAUGUUGAUACAUCAAUCCAGUUUAAGAAUAUACCAGAUACUUUGAUUAAUCUUCCAGCCAACUCAUACCCACUUGUGAUAACAUUUCAGAAGUUUCUAAUGAUGCUUGAUGGGAGUUUAGGGGAUUCAUAUUUUGAAAGAUUUGGUGUAGAAUCUGUUGCUUUAGAGACCUUGAUGAGGAAGAAGGAGGUGACUUAUGACAGGUUUGAUACAAUAUAUUGGCCGCAUUUCAAUUCCCAGUAUACUAAGACUCUAGAUCCAUCUAGAGUUUUCUCUGAGAUCAUGUCUCAUAUAAAAGGGGGUAUGCAAGCACUAGAGCAUGGUGAUGGUAAGCUAAGUCGCGAGAGUUAUGUUUCCUUGUCUGAAAACCGAGCAUCAAGUUUGAGCAAACAGAAAAGAGAGGUGAUAUAUAAUCUUUAUCAAAGCUAUGAAAAAAUGAAGAUGCUCAGAGGGGAUUUUGAUUUAGCUGAUAUUGUAUCUGAUCUUCAUCUUAGACUCAGAACUAAAAGAUACGCGGGUGAUGAGCUUCAUUUUGUGUAUAUUGACGAGGUGCAAGAUCUAACCAUGAGCCAAAUAGCUUUGUUUAAAUAUGUAUGCUCAAAUGUAGAAGAGGGUUUUGUUUUCUGCGGGGAUACUGCACAAACAAUAGCAAGAGGAAUUGAUUUUAGGUUCCAAGAUAUAAAAUCUCUCUUUUACAACAAGUUUGUUCUGGAAUCCAGGAAAAGUUCAUAUAAUCAGGGAAAUGAAAAAGGACUGGUUUCAGAUACUUUUUUAUUGAAUCAAAACUUUCGGACUCAUGCUGGAGUGCUGAAAUUAUCCCAAAGCAUCAUUGAGCUUCUUUCUCGAUUUUUUCCUCAUUCUAUUGAUUCUCUCAGGCCUGAGACCAGCCUCAUUUAUGGGGAAGCUCCCGUUGUUCUUGAAUGUGGAAAUAGGGAAAAUGCAAUUGUAACGAUUUUUGGCAAUAGUGGACUUGUCGAUGGGAAAGUUGUUGGCUUUGGAGCUGAGCAAGUAAUUUUGGUACGUGAUGAUUCGGCGCGGAAGGAAAUUUUAAGCUAUGUAGGGAAACAAGCUCUUGUUUUAACCAUUUUAGAGUGCAAAGGCCUCGAGUUUCAGGAUGUGUUGCUCUACAACUUUUUCGGCGCUUCACCUUUGAAAAAUCGCUGGAGGGUGAUUUAUGAGUACAUGAAUGAACAAGAUAUGCUGGAACCUGCAGAAUCAAAGUCUUAUCCAAGUUUCAGUGAUUCCAAACACAAUAUUUUGUGUUCUGAACUCAAGCAGCUUUAUGUUUCUAUAACUCGUACAAGGCAAAGAUUAUGGAUAUGUGAGAAUACAGAGGAGUUCUCAAUACCUAUGUCUGACUACUGGAAAAAGAAGGGUCUUGUGCAAUUCAAAGAAUUGGAUGAUUCUCUUGCCCAGGCAAUGAAAGUUGCAAGUAGUCCAGACGAAUGGAAGUCACGUGGCAAAAAGCUAUAUUAUCAAAACAACUUUGAAAUGGCAACAAUGUGUUUUGAAAGAGCAGGAGACUCUUAUUGGGAGAAAAAGUCUAAAGCUGCUGGUCUUAGGGCAACUGCAAACCGUUUGCAUGAUUUUAAUCCUGAGGGUGCAAAUGCAACACUUAGAGAGGCUGCUGAAAUUUUUGAAGACAUAGGAAUGGCGAAUUCUGCUGCCCAAUGUUUUUCUGAUUUAGGAGACUUUGAAAGAGCUGGGAAGCUUUAUUUGCAAACAUGUGAAGAGUCUGAUUUGAAAAGAGCAGCGGAUUGCUUCAACUUAGCUGGAUGUUAUGAAACCGCCGCUCAAGUUUAUGCUAGAGGCAGUUUCUUCUCAGAUUGUUUGACGGUUUGUGCAAAAGGAAGAUUGUUUGAGAUUGGCUUCUCUUACAUUCAACAUUGGAAACAAAACAAAAAUGAUGACCGUGGUAUGCUUAAAAGUCUUGAUCUCAACACAAUAGAACAAAAAUUCCUGGAAAGUUGUGCUCAAAAUUAUCUUGAUCAUAAAGAUAUCAGUUCCGUGAUGAAGCUUGUUAAAACUUUUCACACAAUGGAUUCGAAGCGUGUCUUCUUACAAUCAUUGAAUUUACUGGAUGAGCUUCUUGUGUUAGAAGAGGAAUCAGGGAACUUUCUGGAGGCAGUAAACGUUGCUAUGAUGUUGGGUGAUAUUCAACGUGAGGUUGAUCUUCUUGGAAAAGCUGGUAAAUUCAAGGAAGCUUUUGAACUUCUGCUUUUCUAUAUACUUGCGAAUUCUAUUUGGUCUUCAGGAAGCAAAGGGUGGCCUGUAAAGCAGUUUGCACAGAAGGCUGAGCUUUUAGGAAGAGCCUUGUCAUUCGCAAAACAAGAGUCAGACAGCUUCUAUGAGCAUGCAUGUAUGGAAGCUGAAAUAUUAUCAAAUGAUCAUAAAAAGACUUCUGAAAUAAUGAUUCGUUUGAAAUCUUCUCGCAUCCAUGAGAGUAUCAGAGGUGAAAUAUUAUGUUUGUGGCAACUUUUGGAUGUCCACUGUCAUCUGAAUAACUCUAAAUACGUUUGGCAUGACAGUGUGAUUAAUGAUGCUGCUGUUGAGGGAAUGAUUUUGGAGAACCAUCUUUCUAUGGAGACAUUGUUUCAUUGUUGGACAUGUUGGAAGGAUACCAUUGUUCUCAUAUUGGAAUGUCUUCCAAGUUUUAAAUCCCCGGAUACUCAACAGCUUAGCAGUUAUGCAAAAUUUGCAUUGAAUUAUUUGGGUGUUCGGAAGCUAACUUGUAAUCUGAAUGAGGUUUACUCUUUGCUCGUCCCUGAUGCUAACUGGGUUAUAAAAUUGGGUGAUAGGUUUCAAAAGAAGGAUGGAAGGCUAGUUUCUGUUGAUGUUGAUUCAUUAGUUUCUUCUGCCCAGAGCUAUUGGAGUUCAGAACUUCUUUCUGUUGGCAUCGCUGUUUUGCGCAACCUUGAUGCACUAUACAAGUUUUCAGUUAAUACAGACCUUUCUGAUUUUCAGCAGUUUCAGUCUUUGUUGCAUAUCUACGAAGUCUCGGAAUUUCUUCUUGGAUCCAAAUGUUUUAGCCACACCCAUGGUAACUUGAAGACUUUGGACAAAUUUCGCAGACUUCCAAUCGACGGUUUACUUCGGUACAUAGUUCACCUAGACUGGAAGAAAUCUCUGACAAAAGGCAUGGUCUUUAUAAGGACAACUGAGGCUUGUAAGGAUCUGGUGAAAAAGACCAUCUGCGAGAACAUUAGGCUGAAAGAUAGGCUAACAUAUGGUCAAAUUGGAAGGGUGGCAGUUAUGAUUCUCGGUACAGCUGGUCUGCUUAAUGAAUUGUAUGCGGAAAUUAUGACCAGAUUUGAACAUAACAUACCCUGGAAAAAAUUCAUUCAGCAGUGGAAUUCAUCUCAAGAAAUUUCACAAGGAAGUGAUUCAUCUGCAGAGCUGAAUUGCGUGCUCAGUCUUUAUGAAGCUCUGGAGUAUACUUACAAUGUGAACUGGAUGAAGGAAACUGAUUAUCUAUCACCGAGUUGUUUUCUGUAUCUGGUUGAACGGCUUCUGCUAUUGGCAUCAUGCAGAAAGGGGCUCAUGUUUGCUACUAAGUCAUCUUUCAUUGAAUGGCUUAAUUAUCAGGAUGAAAAUUCACUAGCAAAUUUGAGUUUAACUCCAGGUAUGAAUAUGACAAAGGCGCAUAAGUUCAUUGCGCGUAUCAUCCAAGAGUUGAUUAAUAAUCAAAAUGGUAGCAUAAAUUGGAUGAGGAAGUCAAACUUAGAUGUGAAGAGUUGUUUACCACUGUUUGUCCUGAGAUUGGUUGUCUCAUUAUGUUUGCUUCACCUCAGCACAAGGAAGUAUUUAGAGCCACUUUCCACUUUGUUGGGAAAGAGCCAUGUCACCUCGCAACUGCCGUUGGAAUUUUGCAAUGUUCUUAAGAGAGGAAGGGAAGUCAUGGAUUUGAAAGUCAUUGCUGAGGCACUUAAAGUGAUUGACAAUCCCUUGGUUAUUGUCAAGUUAGGCAACAGUUCUUCAAAAAUUGUUUGUCCUGAUGCUGUGUUUGUAGAUUUGAUGGUCUGCCGGCAAAAAGAGCUCAUAUUGCAGAUGUUGUUUCUGGAUAAAGUUGACAGUGUUGAUCGGGAAAGUGCAGAAGUUAUUGUUGAAUCUUCUGACUCAAGCCAUGUUUCUGUUUCAACGGACAUGUAUACAAAUUUUGACUUGGUAUGGGAUAGCUUGGAAGACUUACUUUCAACAAUUGAGAAAGCCGAUUUUAAUAGGGAGUCUCCUGAUUCCAAUACGAUGAAAGCCUUAAUUAUAAAGGGUUGGUUGAAGUUGAAGUCAUCCCAUCUUCUGGAUCUGUUGGAUACCUGCUUAAAAUUUCUGGCUCAAGAAUAUAAAUUUAAUUUUCUUGUGCAACAAAUCCCUGGUGCUACCCUUGAAAAACAAAUUGAAGCAGCCGAGGAGUUGGCCUUCUUUGAUGAAAUUAAGCAACUUUUUUCCGCAUUGAAUGCGAGAAAUGUGAGUAUGACAAAGACUAAGAGGAUUGCAAACAGCAUUUUAGUUGAAGAACUCGCGAAGAAAAUUCUUGCAAAACGACCAAAAGUUGAGAAAAAUUUGAAGAAGCUUACAGGAAAAAGGACUGCAGCAGGGAAUGAUGAUGAGGUGCAAAAUGUCGACUCAGAUGCUGACUCAGAUGUUGACUCGAAUGUCGACUCAGAUGAAUCAGAAGAAGAUAGCAUAAAUGAUGUUCAGGUGCAAAAAGGUGUUCAGGUUCAAAAUGUGGCCAGGAAUUUCCAUGGAAAAGGGAAGAAGAAAAACAAUAAUCCCAAGAAAAACAAGGGAGGGAGAAAGAGCUGUAAGAUGGAAUGUCCUUCGGAAUGUGCUUCGUGCAUGCGAUACCAUGAUGAUCCAGAAGCUCAGAGGAGUAUCCGGACAUUUAAACUCAUUCAGCCUAGGGAAAAUUUUAACAUGUUCGUUCGGGACUGUGGGGGAAGCUAGCUUUAUGUAGCACUGCAGCAUCAAGACUUUGAC